UUAAACAUAUUGUAAUUAUCUGUUAAUCCACAACAAUUAAAUUUAAAAAAAAAAAAGACUGAUCUUUGAUCUGAUAAUGCAGCAACUACCUAGAAACUUCAUGUCCCUCUUUACAUGUGACAAAACCUUGAGUUUCAUGCCAAUCAACACUAAAAUACGUCCAAUUUAUUACAAAAAUAAUAUUUCUUUUCCGACAUCCUUCAACACACAAUUAACCCAAAACUAUUAUAAUAAUAUAAUUAUUCCUUAAUUAAUAUUUUUUUUAUAAAUUAAAUAAAUAAAAACCCUAGUUGAGGAAGCAUCAAUGUCUCUACGUGUGGUUUGUCAUUUUCUUACAUAUACAUUGUUUCUUCUCUCCUACAAAUAUAUGUGACUUUCCUCUCUCACUCUAAACAUAAAUCUUUUCCUCUCUCUACCAAAUUAUUAUCAUCAACUUUUUUUUUUUUUUUCAAAUUUCAAGAAACCAAACAUGGCCUUAACAUUUUUUCAAGAAUCUGCGAAACUCGAAAACCGGCCGAUGAUGCUGAAAGAUUAUCUCAUCAGAGAUGAUUGUGACCACAACUCAUGUUCAUCGUCGUCGUCGUCGAGUAAUGGCGGCUUCCAAAUGUACCCUAGGAGGAAACCAUGCAAGUCAACGGCGGCGGCGGUUCCUUCGAAAAAGUCAACCAACAAACCCGGCCACAUCGUACUACUCAGAAGCUGGUCGAGAAAAGCCGCCGCCGCCACCAGAACCUCCGCCGCCAUCCACAAGGUGAUCAACGUUGUCAAGCUCUUCCACUUCGCCUCCGCGAAAUCUCCGUUGCUCUUACCUAGAAAAAUGAGCAAGAAGAGCAAGGAAGACAAAAACGGCGCCGUUUUGGGAGAUGUGACGCCGGAGGUCAAAGUCAAAGUCAAAGUCAAGGACAUUCUGCGGUGGAGAUCGUUCAGGGAUGUGGCGGAGGAGGAUAACUCUUCGCCAUGGGAUUUCCCUUCAUCUCCUAGCCGGAGCACCACCACCGCCACCGCCACCGCCACCACCACCACCACUUCAAGCAGCAAGAGGUCUAGCUGGUGCGACAGUGAUUUUACUGCGGAGGAAUCACAGCUGUGGGGCGGUGAAAAUGGGGAGUGUUUGGGUAAAAAAUGUUUUACUGCUGGUUUUACAACUACAACAUUGACGAGUCCCAAGGUCGGGGAUUUUUCAAUUGAAGAAUACGAGCAGAAAAGCCCGAUUUCAGUUCUCGAUUCUCCAUUUCAAGAAGUCGAAGAAUACAAGGAGUUAAUAAACAAAAGCCAAGACAACAAUGAACAAGUCAUGCUAUUGGAUUUUUUCAUGCAUGAGAUCUCAAACCUAGAUUACCAUGGUAAUUAUUUGAAUCAUGACAAUGUGAAAUUUAAUUACGACGAGGUUUUGAGGGUUGCAAAAUCAUGGGUAAAUGGAGAAACAUGCGACGAGUCAUACGAUUGGGAUAAUACGGAAGACAAGAGAGAGUCCUAUGUUAAGGAUAUCGAAAAAGGAGUGUGUUGGAAGAAUUUCACACAAGAUCGAGAAAUCGUGUCUAGUGAAUUGGAAAUCGAGAUUUGGGAAGAGUUAGUAUACGAGCUUAUAAUCGAUUUUUCUAAUUAAUUAUCGAAAACGGACACUUGUAUAUCAAUGGCGGAUCGAGCAUAUAUUCUUACAACAAUUUUAGUGUAUAUUUAAUUUUGUACAAACAAAAUUAUAUGGGCCGCAUAUUAGAUGAUCAAGAAAGGCCUUUCGGUUGAUUUUGGCCCAUGUAGAUCCGGGUUGGCCCAUAUCUAAUACUUGACAGCCCAUUAAUGCUAAAUGGGUCAAAUGUUAAGUGUAAUAUAUACAAGUCUACAAUUUAAUUUUCAACUCAUUUUAGCCUAAGUAUUCACGCGAAACUCGACUACUUUCAUCCGUUUCAAAUUAAGUAUCGUUUCAGAGAAUUUUAGUGUUUUUUUUAUUAUUUUUUAAUUUAAAAUUAUAAUGAUUAUAUUUUAAAAUUUUCACAUUGGAACCAAUCAAAAUUCUUGAUUUUUCACCUAUUUGGACAAAAUAAUCCCACGUGCAAAAUUAUGCACAUUUCACUUGUCCCUCCACAAAUUAGUAAUUACAGCUUAUUUAGAAAUUAUAUUUUAAAAAAAUUAAAAUUAAUAUUAAAAGAGAGGGAACUGUAGUACAAAGUACAACCCCAUGCCUCCAUUUAAGCUAGCCACCUGCCUUGUCCACUAAAUUGUGCCGCAAUCAAGAAGUAAUUACUAAUUAUUUACCUAGUUUUUUUUCUUAAAUUCAAUUUAUGAUUUCUUAUUAUUCAAAAUAUAGAGUUUAUUUAGGAAAAAUAAUAAAAUAUAUACCCAUUUAAAAAAUUAUGACAAAAUUGGUGUUAAUUAGAGAAUUUAU